GGUCACUCGUGUUCUCGAGCCACCGUGGAUAAAAAGCUCGCUCCCACCGCGCCCUCGCAGACAUUCCCCUUUUACGCGCUCACGAUGCUGCAGCUGCUGACCUUCCUGGUGGAGAAGUUCUCCCUCCUCUCCAACUUCAAACUGUUCGAGUGCAGCUGGUUGGACGCAGAGGAGCAGGAGGAGCAGCGGGAGCAGCAGGAGCAGCAGGAGCGUCCCGCGCAGCGCGGUGCGCCCCCGCGCCGAGGAGACCUGCUCGAGGUGCCAAGGACCCUUUUCACGCACUUCGGUAUUUACCUGGGUGACAACAAGGUGGCUCACAUGAUCCCCGACAUCCUCCCCGUGCUGACAACCGACCAGAGGCUCAUCAGCUCCGUCAUCUCCAACAAGCGGCUCAUCCUCGGCUGCAUGUACAAGUGUGCCACGGUGCGCGUCGACACCCUGGAGGACUUUGCGUAUGGCUGCAGCAUCCUGGUGAACUGCCGGGACAAGACGAUGAAGGCGCCGGCGUUCCCCAAUGAAGAGGUGGCCAAGAGGGCUGAGAAACACGUGGGAUCGAUUCCCUACAGUCUGCUGUGGAAUAACUGUGAACACUUCGUGACCUUCUGCAGAUAUGGACAUGCAGCGAGCAGGCAGUCAGAGAAGUUCUGUGAGUGCCUGAAAUCAAUCAUCAGAGACCAGCGCAGCGUCAUCGCCUCAGGGCUGCUGGGAAUGAUCUCCAUUGUGUGUUUUGGCAUGGCGGCUUCAACUACAUUACCCACAAUUCUCAUCCCCUUCACGCUGUGGAUGGCUGGUUAGAGGGGCCCAGCACACGGGGACAAACUGAACUAAACCUUCACUUGGCAAAGAAGGACCGGACCCCUCUUCCAGACUCUUGUCAUGAGACGCCUUUCAAAGUCCGCUUCACAACAACACCUUCAUUUUACUGAGUAGACUGAUGGAUGUGACUGUGCAUUGAUUUCGUCCUUUAUGCCUUAAACUUAAAAAGUGUGGUCAAAUGCAUGAAAUCUUUGGUAUAAGAUUAAAUUUAGUGAUUCGCAUUUUUAACGUUUGAGUCACGACAGAAGUGGAUAUAAAGAGGUACAUGUAGCCCUCUCAGAGUAACGUAAUAUACUGUGUAUAUAUAUCAGCUUUUUUAUCGCAUUGUACUUAAUAUAAACCUGUAAAUAUGACAAAUGUUUAAUAAACCAUUUAUUUUUUA